AUGCCUCACGCGCUGCCAGCGCAGCGAGAUAUACCAACAUUCAAUGGGGAGAAGCUGUAUGUGAACGAUGGGCUGCUUCAGCCAGACCAAGUCGGGCAGUUGAGAGAGUCGUCGCCGGACAUGCCAAUGAAUGAGCUGCUUCGUCGGUACAACGAAGAUGGAUAUGUGUACCUGAAAGGACUGCUACCCCGAGCGGAUGUUCUCAAAGCUCGGGAGGAGUACUUCAAAAUGCUGGCUCCAAGUGGAGUUUUGAAGCCAGGAACGCAACCUGUCGAGGGGAUCUUCGAUUCCGAUAACGAUGCCGCCGACUUCCCAGGCAUUGGAGCAGGUGCGGCUGGUGGCAAUGGGAAGCCUGGAGCCGAGACUGCUGAGAGGUUUGUUGAUCUUGCAUUGGAUGCUCAUUAUGCCGACUGGUACAAAGAGACGUUUUGCAAACACGCAGUGCUAAAAGACUUUAUUGCGCGAAUGACAGGCUGGGGCGAUAGUACUUUGGGUGUUCGCAGAAGCUUACUGCGCAACAACACGCCAGGUAACAAGGCCAUUGGCGUGCAUUAUGAUCAAAUCUUUUUGCGCCACGGAGAGCCGACCAGCGUAACGGCGUGGAUUCCAAUAGGAGACAUCUCACUAACCGGUGGAGGCUUGAUCUACCUGGAGAACGGCCAUACGCUUGGGCGAGAGAUCGAGGCACACUUCACCCGCAAAUCCAAGGAUAGCGGGUUCACCGAGGAAGAGACGAAGAAUGCCUUCAACCAGAACAUGCUCUCUACGGGGCUACUGGCUGAUGGUCCGCGAGAGUAUUCUAAUAGUUUCAAUAGAAGGUGGUUGGUGACAACGUACGAAGCUGGCGAUAUCGUUCUGCACACACCUUAUACGAUUCAUGCUUCCACGAUGAAUUUCGACAAAAACAACGUCAUUCGGGUAGGCACCGAUUUGAGAUUUGUUGACGCAAGCAAGCCGUGGGACAAACGAUGGGACCACGAUUAUAGGUUCAAUGAUGGGGUGUGA